GAAGAAGUUCUCCAGAGAAUGUUAAGCCAGUGAACAAACAUAAAGAGCAAAAAAAAAAAAACAAUGGAGCUGAACAGAACAGAGAGGAACCAAAGAAAUGGAAAAGACAACAAGGCCUUUCAGACAGAGGAGCAGAAUCAGAUAACCAUUGAUAUUGACAGUGCUUCUGAAGGUACAGAGGAUGACAGUAAUAAGAACUCAGAGGAACAGAACAAAAGAGUGCCUACCUGCCUUGAGAAGAAAAUGGAGGCAUUCUAUGACUAUUUGGCAAAGCACAAAGACCUGAUCCACCUGGUUAUGUGCCUCAUUUUGGCAUCAGGCCUUGUUGCUAUAGUGAUAGCAGCAUGUAUUUUGAACUUCCAGCGGGCGGUGGGGCUUCUGGUCAUCUCCCUGGUGACGCUAUUGUUCUUGGUCUGGGAUUGGAUGAUGCAGCGCUAUGGUGAUUGGAUUUGGGAGAAACUCUAUCCUCUGAGAGAGCUGCUCAACAGAAACUGGUUUUGGAUCCAAUGGAUGAUGUGCGUGUUACUGCUGAUUGCCGUGGUGUGCUGGCUCAUACUGGACACGGCCAAACAGGGGACCAGACAGCUCAGGUCCUUUGCUGGAUUACUGCUGUUCGUGUUCUUAAUGCUGCUCUUCUCCAAACAUCCAUUCAGGUGGCGCUGGAAGACUUUGCUGGGGGGCACUGGGCUACAGUUUGCCUUUGGACUGCUGAUCCUCAGGACCACAUUUGGCUUAGCUGCUGCACGGUGGCUGGGAAAACAAGCAGAGACUUUUCUCUCUUACACAGACAUCGGGUCUAGGUUUGUGUUUGGUGAGACUUACACAGAACAUUUCUUGGCCUUCAAGGUGAUGCCGAUAUUGAUAUUUGUGAGCACAGUCAUCUCCAUCCUCUACUACAUUGGCUUUAUGCAGUGGCUUAUUCUAAAGAUUGGAUUCAUCAUGCAGGUUACGAUGGAAACAUCUCCAACAGAGUCAAUGGCAGCUGCUGGAAAUAUAUUCUUGGGACAGAUCGAAUCGCUGCUGUUGAUUCGUCCUUACAUCAGCGGGUUAACGUGCUCUGAAAUCCAUGCUGUGAUGACUGGAGGCUUCGCCAGCAUCGCCGGGACCAUUUUGGGAGCGUAUAUAUCCUUUGGGAUUGAGGCAACACAUUUGCUGACAGCAUCAGUGAUGUCAGCUCCAGCCUCCCUGGCCAUCGCCAAGGUUGCCUGGCCUGAAACUGAGAUGGCCAGCAUAACAACCAACCAGGAUCUCAAAAUGGACAAAGGAGAGAGUAACAGCCUGCUGGAAGCAGCAUCCCAUGGUGCAGUCAGCGCUGUGGCUUUAGUGGCCACCAUUAUUGUCAACCUCAUUGCCUUCAUUGCACUGUUGGCAUUUAUGGACGCUACACUCUCCUGGCUUGGUGGGAUGUUGGAGUAUCCACAUCUCAGCUUCUCGCUUAUCUGGUCCUACAUGUUCAUGCCCUUAUCCUUCAUGAUGGGCAUUUCCUGGGAAGACAGCUUAAUUGUUGGUGAGCUGAUUGGCAUAAAGACAUUCAUCAAUGAGUUUGUGGCCUACAAGAAACUGUCUCAGCUCAUUAAGAAGCGGGAAGCAGGUGGUCCGGAAUAUGUGGACAACAUAAAGCAGUACAUUUCUGUCCAUUCUGAAACCAUUGCAACGUAUGCUUUGUGUGGAUUUGCAAACUUUGCUUCCCUGGGGAUGACAAUCGGAGGGCUGACGACCUUGGCUCCUGAUAGACGGACUGACAUUUCCACUUGUGGCCUUAGAGCUCUGAUUUCAGGCACAGUUUCCUGCUUCAUGACUGCAUGCAUUGCAGGUAUGCUUUACAUCCCUGAGUUUCACUGUCAGAAUUUUCUGAACUCAGAGUUCCACAAAGCCAUUGUGACUAACAGCAGUGCACAACUAGUCACGUGUUGCACACAACUAUACCACAGUGUGAGGAUGUACGAGCCGUGGAACAUAACAGUUGGCGAAGGAUUUGGACACAGCAGCCUGCAAGGAUGCUGCACAUUCGCACCUUCAGCACACUUUAACUGCAGCUUGAUGCUUUAGAGGCUGAACACACUGCAGUG